AUGCUCCAACCGCGAAUACCUCUCCGCGCACUGUGCAGGAAAUGUCAACUGCCGUCACCCGGCUUUCGCAGGACCUACGCUCAGGUACAAGUCAUCGACCCUGUGCAGCCGAGCGGUUCGGUCACAGAGACCACCGUCACAGAUCUCCCUCUUGCCCAAGCCGAUGAUCGCACUUCGCUAUCCAAAUUCGAAGUUCGGCUCCGACGUUAUACUCCUCGAACCCCAGGUAUUCGACAUCUGGUUCGCCCAUUGAAUGAACAUCUAUGGAAAGGUCGACCACAUUUCCCUCUCACAUUUCCCAAAAAGGGUCAUGGCAAAGGUGGCCGAAAUCAUACUGGACAUGUCGUGGUGCGGCAUCGUGGAGGUGGUCAUAAGAGAAGGAUACGAAUUGUUGAUUUUGCAAGACACACUGGGGGAAAGCACCUGGUAGAGCGAAUCGAGCAUGACCCAGGUCGCACUGCUCAUAUCGCUCUCGUGAAGAAUCUUCAGACCGAAGAAAGGAGCUAUAUCCUAGCGGCCGAAGGUUUGCGAGCUGGGGACACGGUGGAGAGCUACCGAUCAGGUCUGCCACAGUCACUGAUCGACGAAAUGGGCGGACAUAUCGACCAGGGUGUCCUGGCGUCCAAAACAGCACAUCGGGGCAAUUGUCUGCAGUUGGGCAUGAUCCCUGUUGGCACCCCCAUAUUCAACAUUACUCCGACGAAAGGCGACAUUGGCAAGAUCUGCCGAAGUGCUGGGACACAUGGAAUCAUCAUCGGGAAAGGGGAAGACACGGUGCAGAAAGAGAUGAUGAAGUUGAUUGGUGACAAUGGCGACAUGGAUCUGUCUACUCUAAGCACGGAGCAAUUGAGAAAAUUCGAGAAGGCGGCCAACUAUGUUACCGUGCGCCUGUCCAGUGGGGAGGUCCGACUCAUCGACAAAGACGCUGUGGCAACCAUUGGCGUUGCAAGCAAUGUCAACUUCAAAUACACCUCUCUGGGCAAGGCGGGUCGGUCGCGCUGGCUCAAUAUUCGACCGACUGUGAGAGGUGUGGCCAUGAACGCAGCAGACCAUCCGCACGGUGGUGGUCGAGGUAAAUCCAAGGGUAACCGCAUCCCGGUGAGCCCUUGGGGAAUUCCAGCGAAAUCCGGCUUCAAGACGCGCGACAGGCACAAAAUCAAUCCUCUCGUUGUUACCCAGCGUCCCAGGAACCAGGGACGACGCAGAAGAGGUUAUGCGUAG